AUGCCACGGAAACGUCGUGCAUCGACACCGUCGUUGGAAUGCGACGAGGAUGAAUUCAUUUCGGAAGAAAAAUUUGGCAAAGAAGAUUUGGAUAAUCGUGCACCGAGAAACGCAGCUAAUGCACGUGAACGUGCGAGAAUGCGUGUAUUAUCUAAAGCAUUUGUCAGAUUGAAAAGUCGAUUACCAUGGGUACCAUUCGAUACGAAACUCAGUAAAUUGGAUACUCUUCGUCUUGCUGCAACAUACAUCGCUCACCUUCGUGCCAUUCUCAGAGAUGACGGUGAUUCUAAUCCAGAAACAACGAGAUCGUUAUCCUUAACUUUGUCAUGGCCUUUUGCUAUCCAAGGAACAAACGCUUCGAUGUUGGUGAACAACAGUUGUAACAUGUCAUCCUCGACUUCUGCCAGUUCUAAUCAGUAUCGGGGACAGCAAGGAAGCAACGAUAUUCAAGGCUUUCAUCACGGUGGACAUCAGAAUACUUCGAUGCGCCAUAAUCAUGCACACAAUCACGAAACACAGUUUUCUUAUUACUAAUCCAUAUAUUUUCUAACGAAUUAUACGAAAUAUUUAUUCGAUAACGAA